GCUCUUUCUACCUCUUUGACAGCAAAAAGGAGCAUCCUAUGAGGAGAUCAGCAGAUAGGAGGCCUCCUGGCAACCUCCAAGGCUCCUCACCAACACAUCAAAGCUGCGAUAAGUUGACAGGAAUGUGUUUUUAAAAAGAAAACUGGUCAUGAGGAAGUCCACAUAUUAACGCAUUCUCAGAUGACACCACCGAAGAGAAUGAGGUUGUGAAUUUGUUGCCCGAGAACCUUUGCCACCACUGUCGGGUAAAUGAGAAGCGGCCGUGUGAUUAUGCUGACAUCCCAGCAUGCAUUUGGUAGACUUGUGGUUAACUCGUUCCCUCUCCAUGUGUCUGCUCCUACAAAGCUUUGUACUCAUGAUACUGUGCUUUCAUUCUGCCAGUAUGUGUCCCAAAGGUUGCCUUUGUUCCCAUUCUGGAGGUUUAAAUGUCAGCUGCAGCAAUGCAAACCUCAAGGAAAUACCCAGAGAUCUUCCUCCCGAAACAGUCUUACUUUAUUUAGACUCCAAUCAGAUAACGUCCAUCCCAAAUGAAAUUUUCAAGGACCUGCACCAACUGAAAGUCCUAAACUUAUCCAAAAACAUUAUUGAAUUUAUAGACGAACACUCGUUCAAAGGAGUGGCAGAAACGUUGCAGAUGCUGGACUUGUCAGACAACCGGAUUAAAAGUGUGCACAAGAAUGCUUUCAACAACUUAAAAGCUCGAGCCAGAAUUGCAAACAAUCCUUGGCACUGUGACUGCACUUUGCAGCAGGUCCUGAGGAGCAUGGCCUCCAACCACGAAACAGCCAACAGCGUCAUCUGUAAGACUUCAGACUUAGACGAACACACUGGGAGACCAUUCCUUAAUGCUGCUGAUGCUGACCUCUGUAACCUUCCUAAAAAGACUACUGAUUAUGCCAUGCUGGUCACCAUGUUUGGCUGGUUCACCAUGGUGAUAUCCUACGUCGUUUAUUACGUGCGGCAAAAUCAAGAGGAUGCACGCAGGCACCUUGAGUACUUGAAAUCCCUGCCAAGCAAACAAAAGAAACCCGAGGAAGCAGAUGAUAUCAGCACUGUGGUAUAGUGCCAGUAAUUCAGUGACUGGCUUUGACAGAGAGUUUAGAUGAGGGUAGCACGAACACCAGAUGUUUACUUCUGACAUUUGUUGUAAACGUGUAAGACUUUUUUUCCCAAUUCAACUGAAUUAACACAGCUGUCAAAACUUUCUAACAAAAUAUUUCUGGUUGGGGAUGAUUACAGUACACCUUUCUUGUUUCUUUGGUGGUAUUCUAAACCAAGUAAACUAAUAUGUAAACAUUAGUUUAGACCCAUUCCACUCUUUAAUAAUGAAAUUUAUUUUUUUAGUUUAAAAAAAACCAAAUAAAAGCUUAACUUUGAACCAUGGAAA